GUGUGUGUGUGUGAGAGUGAGAAGUCUCGCGGUGGCGGCUGUAGCAAAUAUUUGCUGAGCCCCUCUGGCAUGUGCAACAGUAAUUUUUAACUGGCACCUGAGUUAAUUCAAGUGCUUUGUACUAUGUCUCUUGUACUGAAUCUCUUAAGACAACUGCUGGAAUAUUAUGGCGUGCCACCAGAACUGCUUAUACAGAGGUGUGAAGUUUGUCUUAAUGCCUUUGCUCAUGUGAUUGCAUCCCAUCUUCCUUCAAACACCUCUUCAGGAGCACACUUCCAACAGUUAUGUGCCAUCUCAAGAAACUAUGCAGUGUCCUGGACAUGGGAAAGAAAAAAGUAUGGAUCUGCCCGAAGUUUCGUUCGCAGACUGGGGAAGUAUCUUUCGUUAACUCCUUGUCCAAGGCCUCAGUUUCAGGUAAUCCAGAGUUUGAAUUCUUUGACAUCUGAGCAAAGUAUUUCUAGUAGCUCUGUUACACCAUCUCUUGCUGAUGUCUUGUGGAUGGCAGAAAAUGAAAGAGAACCAUAUGCUAGAUUUAGAUUUGAUGAAUGGAGAGGAGUUGUGCCGGUUGCUACAAAAGGAAGUAUGCAAAAAUUAACUGUUGUGAAUGAAGAUGCGUUCAAAAAAAUUUCUGCUCUUGAGAAUGAAUUAGCUCAUCUUCGUGCACAGAUUGCAGCAAUUGUGGCAGUGCCUAGAUCAGGAAAUGAUCAACCAUGUUCAGGCAUUGUGAAUUCCUCAAACAUGGCCUUUAAUGCUCUCCCACAGCCAGGAGUGACUUCUACACCAGUCCCAAGUUCUCACAUUGCUGUUCCUCCACCGCCGCCACCACCAUGUCCAGCUGUACCGCUAUCUAAUUUUGAUUCCCGUAAUUCAACCAUUGAGCUUAUUAAACAACGUCGGGCUUCAAGUAAGAUAAGAAAUACUACAGAUAGUACAGGUUGGCAGAAGGAAGAAGCUCUUCCCACUAUGAUGGAUGUUCUGAAGGAUAUAAAUAAGAUCAAACUAAGAGCAGUUGAGAGAUCACCAGGAGGUACACCUCUACCCAAAACAAAAAAAAGAAAUGCAUCACAGUGGGAUCCAGCAGCUUUAAUAGCAGAAGCUCUUAAAGAGAAAUUUGCAUCACAGAACAAUGAUGAUUCCUUUGAUAAAGAGAACAGAUCCUAUGGUGCUUCUCCAUUUUCCAGUCCAGAUACCCCAAUGGUUAGCUGUCGUGUUUUGAAGCCAAGUAUGAAGCAGACGCUUAUUAGAACUAAUGAGCUGAUGUAGGUAUCACCUGCAAAAAAACCAGCAAUUCAUAUUUACUCAUGGUGUAGAGCUUCUUGAGAAAAGCUCUGCCAUUGGUUUCGUAGACCUUGAUACUGUGCUAUAAAGCAAUGGCUUAUAGAGCUAGCUGUUUUUCAUUAAUCUACUUCAGCACCCAAGCAUCUGGAAUUUGUUUGUGUAAAAUAUUUUAUCAGCAGGAGUAUGUUUUACUGAUUUUUAUAACAACUUUAUAGUCUGAGCUGCAGAAUUUAAAGCAGACACAUAAACUGUCAAAAAAAGGAAGAGAAUAGUACCAUAGAAACAAAAUAUAAAUUAAUCAUAUGUAGAUAAUAUAUUUACGAAACAGUAUCCUGUUCAUUUGUUUUCCUAUAAUGAGAUUAGCUAUUGUGUGAAGAGUUGACGUGUGUUGUGGCUUUUGGCCUCUCCCCUGCACAUUCACAUUCUCUGCAGCCUCACGUCAACACAUUGAGGAUAUCUCUGUAGAGGGAGCAUCUGUCCCACCUAACACAUGUAGCCUUUCCCCAUCAACUGAGACCCUUAUCAUGUAUGGAGCUUGCAUGUGCUUAAUAGGCUUUCCCUUUGCAAUCUUGCCACCAAUGCGCUUACAACAAGGGAGAGGUUGGGGGUGAAGAUACAGAGACAGGACUAGUGGACAGCCCCACUUCCUCUUACAUGAUUGCUAAUUGCAUGAUAGGAACAUCACUGAAUAGGGCUAAUGUGCUGAUAGUAAGGAAUAGCUUCCUCAAAAUUAUCCCUUUCUCAGUUUGAUUCAGUGGUGCAGCCUUAUAAGAUCUCAAUAAUUGGCACCAGUGGUGUUUGCUCGGUUUUGAGUAAGAGACCAUUAACUUCCUUGAAUACUGUAAAAGUUUGUCAAGAAAAUACAGGAACUGUAUGCAUAUUUGAAAUGCGUGAUUCAAAUAAAUAUUGCUGUUGACUAUUUGCACUCCAGUAAAUUUUGCUUACAAAAGAAA